CGCCCAGUCGCGUCGGGCUGCAGUUCGAUAGACAUAAAGGAGGUAUAGCACGACACAAAAAAUUCAGACACGCAAAACGGUUGGGAAAUUGCCACGAUGAACAAGGAAUCUGACCCUUUUUGCAUGUUAAAAAUUGUUUACACCGUGCAUGCAUCUUAUAUUGUCUUGGGAAAAAUAUCAAAGUUCACAUCCAGGUGCGAAGAAGUGCUUCUUUCAACUGCAAGGAAGAAGGAAGAGGAAAAUCACCGCCAUUUCAAUGCGCUAAAUAGCCUUGAAAAUUCAGCUCAACACACAAUCAAGAGGGAGGCGAAAAGGGUGAGAGACGAGUUCUUUUCGUUCUUCUCAAUUAUCGAGAGGCAAGACGCCGAGAUGAGGACAAGGAGGAAUGACACAAGUAACAAUGGCAACUCCACGGGGGGCCGCGGCGCAUCCCCAAUAACACACUCACCUGGACCUGCAGCUAGCAAUGCUGCCGCAACACCUCCAGUCACAAGGAGAGAUCUGCGCAACAGCAACAUAUCGCCGGAAGUCGUUGAGGUUUCCCCCCGACGCUUCAAGAAGACAGCCAAGAAACCCAAGAAAGUACGGGUUGAGUGCGAGGCUUCAGAUGUCAUGGAUAUCACGGAUUCAGAAGAUAAUACAAACAUGGUCAGUUCAACAGUCGCACCAAUUAAUUCUGCCGCCACACCAGGAGGUUGUCGCAUUCAAGGAAACUCGCCAAGCAUAAACCUCGCUCUAGACAGCUUGAUAACAGAAGCGGAGAGAUAUAGCGCAGGAGGCAAGCAAAAUGGUGAGAGUUCCGCUGCAACAAACAAAUCAAUAAUGGACAUUGUACCAGGAUUGUCAACAUCCGACGUCGUCGGUGCUGCGGAUGUUGCUUCAACAUACCCCGUUUGUUGCGCUCAAGACCCUAAUUACCACCACAACCACCUAUGGAACUACCCUGAUGGACACCCGCUUCUUGAGGAGACACCAUCAUUUGACUUAGGGGUCAUCACGCCCCCUUGCAACAAGUCAAAGGGCCCAAGCCUGGUUAGCAUCGCUGCCAUGCGGGAUGUCACCCGCAGAGACCUUUUCGGGGCAGGCGACUUUGGAACCAGCACUCCAGGUUCAGCCAACCUCGGAACACCAUCAACGCCUUUUCACAUAGCCAGUGCAAGUCUAGAUGGAACUCAACAACGGCAGAUCGUUCAUGACAUAUCACCGGUUAGCUGCACAAGGUCUGUGGCAACUGGGCUUUUGGACUUUAGAGAAGAGGUGGAGGCAGACUGUGUCAAUCUGAACAAGCCGGUAGAGGAAAAUUCACUAUCUGCACCGCCACCGAAAAGGAGAGUGGUGCCCGGACCUGCCGGACGAUCGCCAUUCGUUAUGCAGUACCGUCUGUCUGAAAGGGCGUCCGGAAACGCCACCCACUUAUAUUUAGUGUUCUCGCAGAUGAGUGGUGCAGUGUUAAACAACAACUGGGUUGUUAGCCCAUACCCCAGUUACAUAGAAUUGACGGGAGCCAUACUGAAGAAGCAGCUUAGCGUUGGAGGGUUCAUAGAGAUAGAUCUAAUGAAUGUCUUCAUGAGAAGAUUCCAGCAGCUGGAGAAUGUUUGGGCAAGGAAAUAUGGCAAUUCGACCUGGAGGCAUUACCUGGAGCCAGAUUUCGUGAGCCACGUGUUGCGCGAAGGUGAUUUCAUUCGUAAUGACUACGUAAGGAACAUUUUUGUUGGCCACCAUAUAUCCCACGAUGUCAACAGAUGCCCUAUGAUGAUAUUGCCAGUGCAGCACACACACGCAUGGUCUACAUAUUUCUUUGAUUUUCCGAGAAGGAGAACAACAAUUCUCGACCCUAUGAUAAACAACGGAGACAGGCCGGCGGACGAACUCCGCAAUGAGCACAUAAAGAUAGCUGAUGAGCUACGUGCAGCGCUAAUGGUUUGCAUAGCAGAAUACUUUGAUGGCUGGGCGCCCAAGACGAAAGGGUGGCAAAAUUGGUUCCCAAAGCUCACCACUGGACCUUGGGUCUGCAGCCGGGCAUCCAGCGGGAUCGUCGCACUGCACUACGCAAGGCAAUGGAUGGGGACAAAGUUACAGCGCACCCUGUCUCCGAUAGGGGAUGAAUUCGAUCAGUCCAGGAUGAUGCUCCUUUAUGAAGUUCUGGGACUGGGCGGCAACAUCGGGCAACUUCCGGCGAAAUUCAAAGUCUGUCAGACAGACUGCUGAAAAAGCGAGCAAAUUGGUAUGCUCGUAGCAAUGGCACUAUCAUGAACAGCCGGCACGCCCAGGUUGGAAUAGCGGUACUGAAAAAAAUGAUAGCGAUCUGCCGCAAUUGCCAUGAACGAAGUUAGUUCCCCACCAAGUGCCUUUUUCCUCAAGAGGACUCCUUAUUAUGCAUUUUUUUCCUUCGUUGUUUCCAUUCGACUAUGCUAUAAACAGAGAUUCUAACUCA